CUUGCAAUAGUACAAGGACAUAUUGGUGUGGUUCCCAUAUUCCUGUAUAACGAAUUUGUGUGUAAAUAAUUGCCGGAAAUAAAGCCUUAGAACUUACCUGAAAUCAUGUCCGAUACCGUGUUUCAAUUUUGAAUCGGGGAACAUAGCCGAGCCGUUUGUAAGUCAGUGUUCUUUGCAAAGGGCAAGGUGCUACAGAGCAAGGUUUGUAUAUUUUGAAGGGUCCCUCAGAAAAAAUGGGGAGCAGGAGCCGAUUUUUGAAACGCUGGUUAGACCUCGGAAAACUGUGGCUUCUGGCAUCGGUGUACGGCCUGGCUCUCGCGCCUGCGGGUGACUGCAGCAAUACAUCGGCAACUCUACCGAACAUCAUCUUCAUCUUGGCUGAUGACUUCGGUUUCCAUGACGUCGGUUACCAUGGUUCUGCAAUUAAGACUCCAUGGCUGGACAAACUUGCCGCUGAGGGCGUGAAGCUGGAGAAUUACUAUGUCCAGCCGAUUUGCACCCCGACGAGAAGUCAACUGAUGAGCGGUCGAUACCAGAUUCACAAUGGUCUUGCGCACGGAGUUAUCCAUGCAGUCCAGCCAAACUGCCUCCCUCUAGAAGACCCGACCCUCGCCGAUAAACUCAAGGAGCUCGGCUACGCCACGCACGCAGUCGGCAAAUGGCAUCUUGGCUUCUACAAGAAAGACUGCUGGCCCACCAGGCGUGGCUUUGAUACCUUCUUUGGCUUUUACAGUGGCAGUCAACACUACUACACUCACCGACGCAGCUGCAUGAUGCCAGGCUUCGACUGCGAUGCCAUUUCUAAGGGCUACGACUUCCGAAACCAAGAGAAAUCCGCCCCCAGGUACGGCGGCCAGUAUUCAACUCACCUCUUUGCAGAGCGAGCCCUUCAAAUUCUGGACAACACUCGACCUAAAAAGCCAUUCUUUCUAUACCUACCAUUCCAAGCCGUCCAUUCACCCCUGGAGGUGCCGGAGGAGUACGUGGAGCCAUACAAAGACGUCCAGGAUCUAGACCGUCGGCUGUACUCGGGCAUGGUGGCCUGUAUGGACGAGGCUAUCGGCAACAUCACGCAAAAGAUGACUGAACUGGGACUAUGGGAGAACACAGUCCUAAUAUUCUCAACAGACAAUGGAGGCCAGAUCCACCAAGGCGGCAACAACUGGCCCCUCCGAGGCUGGAAGCUGUCUCUGUGGGAGGGGGGCAUGCGUGGCGUGGGGUUCGUCCACAGUCCCUUGUUGUCAGACAGUGUCAGAGGGACUACAAACCGUGAACUGAUUCACGUCAGUGACUGGUUCCCGACCCUGGUGGCCGGGAUUGCAAGAGGGAGCGUGGCUGGUAUGCCAUUGGACGGCUACGAUGUAUGGGAGACCAUAAGCCAUGGCACACCUUCCCCUCGAACGGAAAUCCUCCACAACAUCGACCCCCUGGAUGUUGCCAUGGUUCCUGUGUCUGCAUCCGGACAUCAGCAUGACGCCUCGGCCAAUAGGCACCAGACUGGAGACAGACAGUACUUCAACCAAACGCUGCAGUCUGGGACCUUUAACACCACUAUUAGGGCUGCCAUACGCGUUGGGGAUUGGAAACUUCUCACGGGAGAUCCAGGAAACAGCAGUUGGAUCCCGCCUCCUGACUCAGGGAUUGUCCCCAUCUACCCACUACAGGUCGAAGGCAAACACGUCUGGCUGUUCAACGUCAAGGACGACCCCAACGAAUACUCUGACCUGUCCGACGUCAAGCCGGACAUCGUCGACAUGAUGGUCAGUCGAUUGCAGCACUAUUAUGAUAGUCUGGUGCCGCCGUAUUACCCGCCUGGAGACUUUCGAGCAAAUCCAGCCUUGCACGAUGGAAUCUGGACCAACUGGGAGUAGUCAAUAUGGGCGAUCAAAAUGCUGUUUGCAAUGUCGUUAUAUAAAAGGCAAGCUUGAACAAAUCAAAGCGCGUGAAAGAUAUGGGAUUGUUAAGUUGCGACCCUAAUUAGGGUGUUAAAAUAAUGUUGUAGUAUAGUAUAAUGUUCCACGGUCUUUGCGUAUGAGCAUAACGAUCAUUAGUCACAUCAACUGUUUUGUUUUGCAUUUAUUGACCGGUGUGUCACCAUGCACGCUCUUUUAUAAUGCUCUUUGCUGGGCCGAAUUGAAAGAGAGUCUGUACCUGCAAACUCCAGAUACUUGAAUGGUUCUUACGUAAUAGAGUAUGAAAGUACGCCAUUUUGUCUUUGCCCUUUCUCUUGCUAUAAUUUUUGACAGAAUGAUUUAACGUAGCCUAAUCACCCCAAGAAAAAUUCUUGUAAAGAAAUAAUGAUAAGAAAUCAGUUCAUGGGUAAAACGAAUUUUAGUUACGACCUUUCACAUCCGGCAUUUUCGUUCCUGGGUCUACUUGUUCGUUCAAGUUUGUUAUUGCAUCGCGUACUUGCGUGAGAAUAGAAUAAUAACGACACGAAGAUUUACCUUCCCACAGUCGAUGGGUUCUAGAUUUAGUUGGGCUUGCUUGAAUACAAUUAUCACCAGUAAUUUUCGAUUGUUUUGUAAAUGCUAAUGAAUCCUUCAAGUUUAUUAAAUAAACUUGUAUAUCCUAAAAGACAUUUAAGCUCCUAUUCAUCUUUCAGCUUUUACCCAAUGACUGUCACAAAAUUAUUUCAUAAUUUUUCAUAUUUUGUACGAUUACACCGAGUUCCACUAUUUGAAACAAGGGAUUUGUCACUGAUGGGAUCUCAAGUAAAACAAAAUGUUAAUAUACUAUUGACAAAUUCAACAAAAAUUGGGGUUUGAAAUUGAUACUUAAAAUUUUUGAAAGUGAAAAGUGAUCGCUAGUUCUCAUACAAUUUUUCUGGUAUUACAUUGAAUCACUUUCAGAACAAUUUUCUGAACUGUGUGAAAUUGUUCAUUCUGUGUGUAAAAUAAAAUUGUAUAUACGCCAUGACCAACAAUUCUCACUGGGGUCACCCCUCUGCAUGAUUGAAUGAAAGUUGUCCAAAUAUGCAAAUUUGUUGAAAUUAGUCUACCGAUGUUUGCUGCUUUAUUCCAAGGGAUUCAUUAGGAUAAUUACAUGCACAAACUGCAUGCAUAA